GAGAGCACCAACCAGCAGCCGCUCCCGGCCUGCCGAAGUUUCACUUUUUGUCUGUGGGUUCGUUCCCGGGGCCCGCUCGAGCUUUCCCGGGAUAAGUAGCCUUAGCGGCGGGGGAAGAGCCGGCCGCUGCAAGGAUCUGAAGAGAACCUUGGCAGCUAGAGUGUUGGAAGAGGCUUGAAAAGAGGGCAGCUCAGGGUCUGCGCCCUAAGAGCCGCUUGGGACGCUUCUUAAGGCUGGUCUCCAUCAAGAAGGCUGGUGGGAACACAAGCUCAAGGACAGAAGCAGAGAUAGCAAGUCAUCUACUUCUGCGUUUGUUCACUGUUCCCUCUUUGGUGGGGCGGUAUUUUCCCUUAGUUGGUUGUUCAUUUCAGUGGGACCCUAGCCCCGUAGGAGACCUAGCUGAGAAGCUGACCUGAGAAAUUUGGGGGCUUGACGAUCUGUGUGAGGGACUAGCCUAUCAUCUGGCUGAGCCUGAGCCCGGUGUCCAUUCCAAACCCAAAAGCUGCCAGAGAUUUCAACAAUGUCUCACCCAUCUUGGCUGCCACCCAAAAGCACUGGUGAGCCUCUCGGCCACGUUCCUGCACGGAUGGAGACCACCCAUUCUUUUGGGACCCCCAGUAUUUCAGUGUCGACACAACAACCACCCAAGAAGUUUGCUCCGGUUGUUGCUCCAAAGCCAAAAUACAACCCAUACAAGCAGGCGGGAGGAGAGGGUGAUUUUCUUCCACCCCCACCUCCACCAUUAGAUGAUCCUGGUACCAUUCCACCGGGCUCUGGACACUUCCCUCCUCCUCCACCACUAGAUGAUGGUGCUUUCAAAGUGCAGCAGGGAAAUCCUGGAGGCAAGACCCUGGAGGAAAGGCGUUCCAGCCUGGAUGCAGAGAUCGAUUCUUUGACCAGCAUCUUGGCUGAUCUGGAGUGCAGCUCUCCCUACAAGCCUCGGCCCUCACAGGGCCCUGGUAACCCGAUGGCCACUCUUCCAGUCUCUACCCCUGUCACAGGACACAAGAGAAUGGUCAUUCCGAACCAGCCACCCCUGACAGCAACCAAAAAGUCUGCAAUGAAGCCACACCCUGCUCCCCAUGCCGCGCCCAUCCCAGUGGCUCCCAUCGGAACACUCAAACCCCAGCCUCAGCCAGUUCCAGCCUCCUACACAACAGCCUCGACACCUUCAAGGCCCACCUUCAACGUGCAAGUGAAGUCAGCCCAGCCCAGUCCACAUUACAUGGCUGCUCCAUCCAUCGGGCAAAUGUAUGGUUCGGGGCCACAUAGCUAUAACACCCAACCGGCUCCUGUGUCAGGACAGUGUCCUCCUCCUUCGACUCGUGCCGGCACUGACUAUGCAUAUAUCCCACCUCCAGGACAUCAGCCUGAGCCUGCAUAUGGGUACACCUCCAACCAAGGACCCUAUUACGAACCCUAUUAUGCAGCAGGGCCUGGCUACAGGGGCAGAAAUGAUUCUGAUCCUGCUUACGGGCAACAGGUUCACCCUAACACCUGGAAGCGGGAACCUGGAUAUGUUCCUCCUGGAGCCGCGAGCCAGAAUCCUCCUGGAGUGUAUCCAAGCAGUGGUCCCAAGAAGACCUACAUCACAGACCCUGUCUCAGCCUCUGCCACCCCAGCACCUCAGCCAAAGGGUGGACACCCUGGACCUAUGGGACCUCCUUCUGUCGCCCCAUCGUUCCGCCCAGAAGAUGAGCUCGAGCACCUGACCAAGAAGAUGCUGUAUGACAUGGAAAACCCACCUGCUGAUGAAUACUUUGGCCGCUGUGCUCGCUGCGGGGAAAACGUGGUUGGGGAAGGAACAGGAUGCACCGCCAUGGAUCAGGUCUUCCAUGUGGACUGUUUCACCUGCAUCGUGUGUAACAACAAGCUGCGAGGACAGCCCUUCUACGCCGUGGAGAAGAAGGCGUACUGCGAGCCCUGCUACAUUAAUACCCUGGAGCAAUGCAACGUGUGUUCUAAGCCGAUCAUGGAGCGGAUCCUCCGUGCCACCGGGAAGGCCUACCACCCCCACUGCUUCACCUGUGUGAUGUGUCACCGCAGCCUGGAUGGCAUCCCGUUCACUGUGGAUGCUAGUGGUCUCAUCCACUGCAUCGAGGACUUCCACAAGAAAUUUGCCCCACGCUGUUCCGUGUGCAAGGAGCCCAUCAUGCCGGCCCCAGGCCAGGAGGAGACCGUCCGUAUUGUGGCUCUGGACCGUGAUUUCCAUGUGCACUGCUACCGCUGUGAGGAUUGUGGCGGUCUUCUGUCCGAAGGCGACAACCAAGGCUGUUACCCCUUGGAUGGACACAUCCUCUGCAAGAGCUGCAACUCAGCCCGCAUCAGGAUGCUGACCGCCAAGGCAAGCACUGACCUGUAGAGUCGGUAGCCCGCUCAGCUGCUGAGUGCGUGUCACUGAGAAGAGGACAACACGAGAAAAAGAUAAGAGAAGAGAGAGAAAAAUAGAGGCAAAGCUCUCAAGCUCUGGGAUAGUCUCUGUUCUUCAUCUGCUGUUAACCUUUUCUUUAGAAGCACACAGAUGAUGCGAUUUGUUUAAGUUCUUACCAAAUACACAUUUCACAUUGAAUCACGUAGGGCCUGGAUGAGCCUUUGUUCCAAGGACUUCCACAUUUUUGCACAGAUUAUACUCCAUCCCGUUCACUUCUGCAUUCCUGUGACUUUUAAUCCCCAUGUUUGUCUCACUUUUCAUCCGGUUGAAUGGAUUUGUAGUGUGGUAUUUGCUUUCACAUGAUUUUUCCUGGGUGAAUGUGCUAGCCUGCAGGUGCUUCUAGCUUAAAGCCUCAUCCUGUCACAUUUCCUCUGGCUGUGGCUAUGAAAGUUAGUCAUUCUGUUGCCAGGUAUUGAAAAGGUGACUUUUCCCAUUGCACUACACCAAUCAUGUCUCCUGGUAAAAAUAAAGGCGGAGGGGGGAGGGGUUUUGCACAUUUUUCUGUGUUAGGCUAGAAAGAAUUUAUUUGAAAACAAAAUACGUAAAUUAACAGGAGCCUAAAUUUAGUUUGAAACUAUCCAAAUUCAAAAUCUGCAGUGCCCAGUGAUCAAGGCUCAUUUGAAAACAUUUAUUGGCCAAUACCUAAAAACGUGGCAGAAAAGAACCAGAUUUCAUUACUGAGCCAAGAAAACCAAGUGGGAAAUGCUACCCAGAGGAUUUCUAGUUGUGUUUGGAAAGCCAAUUCUAUUUCUGCAAUCCUACCUUGAGAGUUUCCUUUCCACACCAUCUGACAUGAGACAGACAGACUGGCUUUUGGUAUGGUUGUGAUUCUGUCUAACUCUUCAUCUUAGAAGUACUGUGAAUUUUCCCCUAAGACACAAGCAUAGUUACUACAUUUACCAUUUAUCUAUGGAAAGAUAAAUAUUAAAAACAUUCAAAUUCUUAUGUUUUCUUUCACUUUAUAAUGACCCAAAUCUAAACUUUUUUUUUUUUUUUGCCUGAAAAUUGCAAAUCGAGACACGUAAGAUGAAGUUAUGUAACCUUGUUUCAUCUUCUUUAAAAAAGAAAGUAAAGCUGGGAAAGAUUCUGAAACCAGAGUUUUAUUAUUCUUAUAAUCCUUCUGCAGCUCGAGUACAUAUUGCAGGAGACAUUUUCCUAUCAUCAGUGUGACAUUUACACCACACUGUCAAAGACAAUCACUGAAAACAAAAUUGUCUUUCUGAGCUAAAAAUAUGCAGAAUGGCUGCCUAGGAUCUUUUUGCAAACUCUUAUUAGCCAGUGAAACACUUGCUUGCUAACUGGAGUCACUUUGCUUCCUUAAGAGGAGACACCUCGCUUAGCAAUUGCAGCUGGGCAUUUUAUCAACUCGGCGCUCAGUAUCUCGGGAUGAGAUUUCCCAAACCUUUCCUUAAAUCUUCUACAAAUAUAUACUUUUAAAUUAUGUUAUACUUUAAGUAUACAGAAAGGGUAUAAAUAAUAAUAUAAGGAGUCCCCUAAUGGCUAACACCCAGUUCUAGAGGUAGAGUCACCUUGAAUUCCACAAAUACCUUUUUAUUUCUUUUCCGAGCAGGCUAGGAGUUGAACUCGAGUCUCAUGUGCUCGGCGAGCACCCUGCCACUCCAGCAUCCCCAGCCUGUCUGUGUCUUUUUUUUUUUAAUCUUUAUGACAUGAUGAUUUUCUAGUCUGACAGUUUUAAUUUUAACAUUUAGAGCAAAAAAAAAAAUUCUUUUAAUUACUUGUGCAUGUUAAAAAUUGCAACCCGUGCCUCAGGAAUUCCAUGAAGUUUAUUUUACUUGAAUAGAAGUCAUCAUAAAAGUGAUUAAAAGAAACCCUUAAGCCCUUGUCACUCAGCUCGUCUGGGUCGAUCUGGGGCUUAUUUACCUUUUCCACUUAGCAGUUUGUGUGUUAGAAUCUCCAAAGCUGCAUGUUUCAGGGGCUCUCUUGCUGCCUGCUCUCACCUUGCUUCUCUUAUCUUGAGAUUCAUGGAGGGCAGCUUUUGGAUUUCAGGGUACAGAGGCGACUCUUAUCUCUGAAUUCCUGUGCUGCAAAUCAAAGGAGCUUGGGGAACACUGAGAGACAACCGAGGUGGUAAUACAGGCCGCUUGAACUGACUAAAACGUUCACCGGGAAAUAUUUCAGGAAAUUGUCUCUAAGCCAAAAGUAGAGUACAGAAUAAUGAGGGGCAGGAAUUGUGUCUAGAAAUGCAGUAAUAUUGCUAUAAAUUUAGACAACAGAGGAAAAAUUUAUGUAAUAUUUAUACUAUAGAGUAAUAGCAUCCUACCUGUUUGUCACAUUUAACUACUUAUGUAACCAGAUGUUUACAUGCAAGAGUUAUAGGAAAACGCUGCCACAGUUUUCUUCCCCGAGGCUUUACGGGCGGAGCUCUGCUUGCUUACAGCCUUCCCAGUACUUUCUUAUCUAAUAACCUCAGAGGAUCUUUACCAAAGAUUUUUUUAAGUAAAUUUCUUUUUAAUAUAGACUUAUACUUUUAUAAUAACGAAUGUGCACAUACACAUAUACAGAAAUAUUUAGAAUUAGAUGUUUUUCUUUCACAAGGGCUAAUGAGUAUAAAGGAUCCUGUCAUUUUAUUCUGUAAAUUCUUCAAUACGUGAUUUACAUUGCUUUCUUGUUUUCUUCUAUUAAGCGUUUGAUUUAAGUAAUACCAAGUCACUCUACUUUUUAACUCUUUUAGCUACAUAAAGUUUUGCCUACUGUAGAGAUAUAAAGAUCUAUUACCUUAAUGAUCAUGCACAUUGCCUUUUGAUAUAUUGGCUUACUUAUCAUUUAAAUACAUAAAGAGAAAAAAUAUGUCUUUAACAGAAAAACUUGUAAAAUUAUGACUGAAUUGUUUAAAUAUCAAGAGCACAAACAUUUUCAUUUUUGGUUAUUCUGUUUAAAAUGAAAUACAUAGAAAAGGGAAAAAACCCACCAUCAUGGGCUCUGCAGAGAACAUUCAAAAUCAGAUUCUCUUUCUAUUUCUGUAGUGGUAGGAAUGGAUCUCCGAGCAGUGCAUAAAACAGACAAGUGCUCUACCAUAACCAAACCUCCCAUCCAGAAUAAGGUUUCUUAACUGUUUGAGUUCCCAUCUCAGAAGCGCUCAAUAUGGAAUCUUAUUGGCAAACAAUAUUGCCUUUAAAACUCAAAAAUACACCAUCCAAAGUCUUAGCUCAAGGUCUCAGCAUUAGUGAAAUACUGCCAUCUCUGCAGCUCAAUGAUGCACGGUGUUUUGUUUUUUGUUUUUGUUUUUGUUUUUUUUUUCCCUAUCAUUAGCACAUUGUUGUCCCUGUUGGAACAGCUACUGAUCAAAAUUACUACAUGGCUUAUAUACUGAAUGAUGAAAUGACCGUAAAAACACUAAUUUUUUUCUAUGAAAACUUCUACAAGUAUGUUUAUGAUGGAUUUUUUAAAAUGUGGAACUUGAUAGCCAUAAACAGUUAUUCUGUAUUUGGGUCCAGGGGAAGGGAGAGAGCACUCUGUGAGGCUACAGCAGAGGAUUAAGAGACAGGACUCUGAAAACACAACUGCCAACCGUCUUCCUAGUUACUACAAAUCCUUAUUAAUGUGAACCAGUCAGGAAUGACGGUGUUAUUUCUAUUUGAUAUGGUUUGGGCUUCUCUUGUCAGAUCUGUGUCGAUUGCCCCCUGAUCCUUCCAUUAUCAAGUUUUGAAGGGUGUCGGGAAAAUUAUGGCAGCUGCUAGGGAGAUCAGGGAAACAGCGAUGUAACCUUCACAGCCUCUCACCAUUCCUCUUGGCUUGGAAAGGCAUUUUUUUUCAUAUACAUUUCUAGAAAUAUUGCCAUUCUACCUUAGUAUUUCACAUUUGUCGUUUAAACAAGCGAUUGUCCAUCUGUUGCCUAAAGCUACAGUACAUGUGUGUUAUGAAUGAAAUAUGACAGCAUGUUCCAUACCCCUGCUUUCAGCCAUCUGUAGAAAACCAGCAACCAAAAAAGAUACCUCUGCAAAAUGUGCCUUAAGUCCAUGUCCUGGGAUGGCUCUUCUGGUGCACUUUCAUGAGAGACAAUCAAAAGCAAUCCAUACUCGUGCCUUAUUUUUAAAUAAUCUGUUUACACUCCUAUGACUAUUGCUCAUUAAUAGAAAUACGAAAGCCCAAAUCUCAAAGAUGCAUCACACACACACACACACACACAUCGUGAGAGAAAGACCUGCACUUCCAUGUAUUAUUUUCUCAAUUUGAAAGAACUUCAUGGCUCUAAAGUAUGCACACAUGCUCAUGGCUGAGGUUGUACAUUGGGUGUUAUUUACCAGUCUUUACGAUUUGAUAUUUCCCUUCUUUUAAUCAGAUACUAAAAUCAGCCUUGAGCCUGUAACACACACAUUUUUAAAUUGCACUAUUUGUUUGGAUUAGUAACGAAACAGUCUUGAUUUUUGAGCAAGGUAUUCUGGUGGUACAGUGGUGAAUACUCCAGGACAAGUCAUUUAAUUGGCUGACAUUUGGGAUGAAGCUGCUUGUGAUGCUGCGGGUUGGUUAGCAUAGCUUUUUCUCAGACCUUUUUAGUUUAACCUGGCCAAAGCUACUGUGAUUUAAGGCAAGUGUUCAGCCCCUACCUCCCCUGCUUUCUACUCUUCUCUCCUUUCCCACCUCCCUUUGUUCCUUCUUUCCAUUGUGCCUACUAAUACUGCCCUACUUAACCUUCUCAUAGGUUUAGUUAGGAUGCGAUGGCAUUAUGAUCACAUGAAAGGUGAAAGGCUACCAGAACAUAUGCUGACCAACCAGAAAACCCUUGCUUUACAGGGCCAUACUUAGGAUCUGGCUAUUCCUUGAGGGAGAUGUAGUCUCUCAGCUGUGUUUUAAUGAGUCCUUAUCUGGGUCUUAGGUAGUAGAAUCAUCCUUUAAAAUGAUCUUUCUAUUCCUCAUCUAUAUAUGCAAAAUGAUCUUUCUAAGGCUAGAUUAGGAUUUUGUCCUUACCUCAAAAGCAUUUUGACCACAAAAUGUUUAAUAUUUUCAGUGAGAGAAUGUCAUUUAGUUCCAUUGGAAUGGACUUGAUAGUUUUCCUUCUAACAAGAAGAAACUGUUACCUUUCCCAGACUUUUCACAGCACUUGGCACAUAGCCCCUAUUUGAUGAGAACAAUUGACUCACAGUAUUUGCAAGGGGUAGUUUAGCACAAGGGUUUUUAUUAAAUUGUAGAUUAUUUUACAAGCACAUUUUCCUUUAGCACAGAAGAGAAAGACACUACUUUACUUUUCUGUUUUAAUUUUUCUUCCUUAUGCAAAGUUUUUUAGGUAAUAUUUUAGCUGGCUUCCAUGCAUGUGGCUCAUUGUGGAGAGCUAUGUAAAAGACAUACUGAAACAAGUGCUCAAGUCUUUGCUCUUCGCUUCUGAUUGGUAUUUGUUUUAUACCCAUAUCUAGGGAGAAGGAUAAGUAUCUCUACUUCUAACAUUUAUUAAAAAUCAGCAUACUGCUAAUACUCAAAAUCUUUUGUAAUGCUUAGAAUGAAUAACUUAGCCAAGUUUUCCAGAUACCCAUCCACUUAGGGGCAAGAUAAAGCUUCAUUCAUUCAACUCUGAUAGUCAUCUACUGUGCUCCAAGAGAAUAUUUUUAAGUAGCCGCAAAUGCAUGCCAUGAACUUAUCUUUGAACAUAACUUCUAAAAUUCAGAUUUCAAUCCAAGAAGCAGAAUGUUCUACCAGGAACAUAGACAUUACCAUAUCACCUUGUGCUCAGCCCGGGCGCCGGGAGAUCUUGCUGAACACAAACACACUUGCGUGCUGUGCCUGGGUGCACAGUAUAAUGGGCCUUAUAAAGAUCCGCAUUCUCUCUUGCCUCCGUGACUGAUAGCCAUAGAAUUUCUUCAUGGAUAUGGCCAGUGUGGAAUACUACACGAGGCAACCCAGUCUAUCUGGGAAACUGCAUUCUGGACUCUUCACCUCGGUGGGUGGGUGCAGUAUCACUGUGUCCUUCAGCUUCUCACUUAUUGACAUUGACAGCACCUGUCACGCUUCUGAAACUGAUGAAGUUGCUUGAAGGGGAUUCCCUCCCAAGGGUGGAGCUAGGUAAAGACAGAUCAGUCACAUGUGCAAAAUGGCCCUCUUUGUUUUCUGUGCUGUUUUUUUGUCUUUGUCUUUGUUUUGUUUCACUGCUGUUUUCAAAGCUGAUAGAAUCGGAGUCAUUGUGAAGAGAGGAAGUAAGCUAAGGUGUAUUCUAUACAAAAUGGUUCUGCUCUCUGGCCUCCUAAGUCUUCUGUGCCCUUCCUUUCCAUUUAGCGCUGUCUUCUCAGGAAUAGUGCUUGUCCUUAUUUCCAUGAUGGAUAGACAAAAAAAGUUCUUGACACUAGGGUCUGCAUCAGUACCAGUCUUUGGUUUUGAAACUCUUCCAUUCAUUAUGAUUUAAGUUUUGUCCCCUCAGUAUCCUAAUUCCUUAACUGACCUUGUUUUAAUGGUCAUCCUUGACUCACUCUGAGACUCAGGCUGACUUCAGUAAGAUCAGUCAGUCCUGGAAAGGAGAGCAGCAUGAGAAAGUCUAGUUCUGCACAGUGGCUCUGUAGGAGUUCAGGGAGAACCUAUAAGAAUUGAGGACACCCUGAGCUGAUUUAGUGGCUUCAUAGGGAAUUCAGAGAAGGACUACACAAGGCCCACUAGGACAGAAUGGACUCCCCUCUGCAAAGAUACCUUGGCCAGGGUACAUGGAUUCUGGAGUCUUCCUAACAGCAGAGAAAGCUUUCCUGUGUUCAGGCUCAGUGAGAGGGCACCCUAUAAAACUGAACUGAUAAUCCCUUCUCAUCAGCGUUAUAGUUGGAGGAGGGGAUGACUGGUCGGACACAGCCAACCCAUACAGUUUAGAUAGCAAACAGCCCCUCUGUGGUCUUUGCUGCAACAAGAGCAAGCAUCUUAUUGGCCCACACUACCUCCUCUUGUGGCAAAUGUGCCUAUCUUACGAACUCUCAAAAAGGAACAAGUGGGCUAUGUCCACUUUUUAAUCUUCCAGGACCAUAAUUAGGGCUCCCAGCCAUCUGGUGUGCCCAUUGCCAACAUAGACUCCUUCUUGCAGAGUGAAAGCUUGUAGGAAUAGUGCCUGUGUCAAGGAACUCAUCACCCCGUGAGGAAGUCCCUUUGUUUCAGCUAUCCUUGUCCUCGAAACAGCCAGCCUGUGGGUUUAUGUUCUCCUGGAUCCACAAAACCAACCUAUAACGUACAACGAAUUCCCAGUUUACCCCUUGUUUAAUCUUCCAUUGUAUUCAUUUUGGUUUUUAAUGAUGUAUUACUUAAAAAAAAAAAAACAACUUCCAUUUUUAGCUGAGGCGGAUAAAUGCUUUAAACAUCCACAAAAACAGGCAAAAGAAUUUCUGACAGUCAGAUAACAGAAUUUCUAUAAAUUUUUGUUAAUUGCGUUUUUAUCCAGAAAAUAAACUCUUCCGAAAGUUUUCAUACAGCUUCAUGUCCGUUAUGCCAGUGAACAGUUUCUUCCAUUUAUCUGACCCACUGAUAAUGCCCUUUAAAACUGUGGGAAGCCUCAUUAUGUCAUCUCCAGCUUUCACAAGGAAGAAGUCAAAAGCAAUAUCCAGAUGUACUGCUGAAAACUCAUUACUUCUGAUCAGUUCUUCAGCACAGAGCCAGCCUGUGGGUUUAUGUUCUCCUGGGUCCACAAAACUAACCUACAGAUAUGAUAAAAUCCGGGUUUUCCUUUUGUUUUUGUUUUUUUUUUUUUUUCUUUCGUUGUAUUUUUGGUUUGGUUUGGUUUUGAAUGAUGUAUUACCUUUAAGGAUGCUAUCCUUUGAUACCGUCCUUAAGGAAAGGGAUUGGGUGAUGCUCUAUUUUAGGUAUAAAUGUAUAAAUUCUCUCACUGUUGCCCUGGGUUACAGUUUAGCUAGCAACCAUUAGUCUUUGGAAGAACAGAGUUGUAUCUCUUCUACCCCGGCUUUGGAUUUGAGAGCCCUAGAGCCAGAGCUUGCUGUCCGCCCCUAGGCAAGGAGCACCUAUGGUUGGAUUUCUGAGCUGUAAAAUAAUAAAAUUCCUGAGAGAGCUUCCAAACUGUUUUCACACGUAGAGCAGCCCUGGGAAGAUGGUUAUUAAUAGCCUUGUCCUAAAAGAGAAAGCUGAGGUCCAGAAUCAUUUAGUGACUUGCCAGAAGCAAUACAGCUAGUAAGUGUGAGAGAGCUGGGUAUUUACCCAGCCCUUGUCAUGCGCUUCUCACAUGUUACCGAGGGCCCUGUUAGAAAAAGAUCCGUGGAAACUCAGAGGGGCCAUUUGGUUAUUGGUGGCAGGGCCACAUGUGUAUUCCAGUGUAGCAGGUCAUUGAGACCUUGCACAUACCUAUGUCAUCUUUGGGAAGGUGCAGGUCUUUGGGAUCAGGCUGGCGAUGAUGCCUGUGGAGAAAAGGCCACUGAGAGCAAACAGCUGUGCAGAUGCACACUGCAGCAAAUUCCCCAGAAUGUGGUGGCUUACAUUAACUGGAAACCUCUGGAGACCUAACAGGCUCAGGAUGUCAACUGAGACUAUCGUUUCAAAUACAGUAUAGUGUGCAGACGUCAUCUGAGUGUUAGGAUGCCCUACCUCCCAUGAGCCACAGUGUACCUCCUGUAGAGGCAGAAGCAGAGAAUAGCACUGUGUUCUUAACAAGCGCAAAAACUCUCCUUGGAGGACCCUGGGAAUGUUCUAGAAGUCAGCCCAUGUCACAGCACAACAAAUGAACACCCCUCUUGCAGCUGACUCCCUCAUGAAUCUUGCCUCCCAGGUAAAGUCUUGGCUUUCUUGUCCUUCCUUUCUAUGUCUGGUUGUUUGCUACAAGUUGAAAAUCCGUUGAUUGAUUAAGAAAAUAUCCUUUGUCCACUUUGAAUCUGCCCUCAAUCUAGAAAACCUUUCAAAUGCCCUAGUCUGUACUUUAGGCAUUUUUUCACUCCCAAGACUCUCUCCCCCACCAGGCCAAGAUCACCACUCAUCUGCCUGUUCCCUUGGAUUAGGAAGAGGCAAGUUAAACAACAAAUGGCCUCUCAGCCUUUGCCAGUCUUCCCACAGUAGGAAUAUAGGAUACUGACAGGACCAGAAGGUUGGCGACAUUGGCUGAGCACUCACAGCCACAAGCCAGAAAGGAACCUUAGCGCUAACUCAGAGAGGUUUGGUGGGUUUUAUGGCUGGUGGAAUGGCAGCAUUUCAUCUGGCACGGAUGGGGUAGCCCACCCAAGCUAUAGAUUAAUGAGGCCUUUUGAGCAGCUCUCAGAAUUGCCAGAUGAGUUACUUAAGGAGAGACUUACCCUCUAUAUAGCUGUCCUAUCUCAUUAGACAAAAGGAUAAUCAAGAGGUGAAUGUCGAAGGGUACUCAUUCAUGAAAAGUUUAUGAAACUUUCAGGCUAGCCUCCUGAGUUACCUUUACAUAGUGUAAAGGAGGGAAAAAUAUGCAUUAAAAUUAUCCUUCUUCCACCCUAUAUAAUAUUGUCCCAAAGACUUAGAGAAAGAACAGUUGUGUUGUCUUUGAAAAGCAUACACACAGGUCUUCACCAAGAUAGCUGAUUCUUUAAAAAUAAAUAAAUAAAUAGAUGAAUAAAUAAACAAACAAACACUUCAGCUCUUUGGGCAAGGAAAUUAAUAACUCCUAGACCUGACCCAUUUUCAUAGCUGCCAAAAUGGAAAAGAAAAAGCUACUUAACUUUUGUCUGGAUCAAUUUAUCUCGAAAUAUAUCAAAGCAAUUGGAUGCAGGAGUAGAAAUGGAGGUGCUUAUCUCACUUCCUUGCUUCCCUGUUUCUGUUGCAGAAGGGGUAAAGAAAAAGCAGCUAGCAGUUCUAGGGCAUUGUGCUGCCAUUUUCUAUAGCAGCAUCUUUGCUCAUAGUGCUGUGUAGGAACUAAUAGUUGCUUUCAUAAAUCCAUAUCCUCCAUCACAAAAGGAGUAAAUAUUAGAUCUGAAUACAUUUGCUCACCCAGUUAUUUACCUCUACUUUUCAAUCAGAAAAUAUAAAACAGUUACCCCUGGCUCUCAUAUAUACAUCCUCCCUCAACCCCUUUUUGCUUUAUUUCUUAGGGGAGACUUGUGUGAUCAAAAAAUGGCCUAGUUCCUCCUCAUCCCUCUUUGCUUUUGGAUAGCAAUGAUGCUCACUUAGUAAUUACAGGAUAGAACAGCUUGGCCAGCUCAUGAUGUAUCUGCCUACCUUGUUUCAUUCCUUCAAGCAUAGACUGAGAGGAGAGGGGUUUUCAUAAUUUAAAUACCAACAAUGGGAAUAGUCUCAUUUUGCCUAACAAAUAGUAAGACUGGAGCUGAUCCUUGGGUAAUGUGUUCAUUGUAGUAACCUUUUAUGUCCUUGGUUCCUAGAAGAGUGUCAGAUACAUCAGCAUGUGGGAUUACAUCACCAAAAGCCAUAGUGCCAUAGAAACUGAAUAAGCCUGGACCCUUUUUCUGCCUCAAGUGAAAGUCUAAACUGAGAUGUGUCCUAGAUGAAAUGUGGACUCCAGAAACUCAUCUGAUCGUAAAUGCUUUGCAGUGAAGUGGCAGCAAAAUCAUUUCUCAAUGACUGUCCUUUACUGCCCAUUUGUGCACUUGGGGACUCCUGAUAAGCAAAUUACCCUACUGAAGACCUCUCUCCUCAUGAAUAGUAUAAUAGAAUAGUUCCUCUUUACAGAUCAGAACUGAAUCUUCACUCUUUUUCAGAAAACAUGUCAAGGAGAAAAAUAGAAUUAACUAUGACAUGUGACUUGUUCUUGAGCAUGAAUAAGAUUAGUGUGUGGAAUUACGUGCCUUACACAAAACCUGAAACCGAGAUGCCAAGUUUGUACGGCUGCAGGGGAGGGCUGAGCUCUGUGGAUGCCCUAUGUAGCGGGGGUACCGAGUUUUGCUUUGUUUUGUCUGUAUCUACACCUUUAUCAUUACUUAACAGAUUUGGGGCUUUUCUUUCUCUGCUGCUAAGUAUGGGAGUGGGUGCAGUUAUGAGAUGAGCUUUCUGCACAGUACACCUGUAACACAGAGCGUAUGUGACACAGGCACAGAGCUCAGGGAUAGUAAUUUUGCCCGAGCUUACAUACACAGGCUUUUAUUUCAUGGCUUUGUCAUGGGCUUUUCUCCUUCUGUGCCAUCACCUUUGAGAAAAAUGAUUGCACCUUCUCCAACUCUGCCUUUUUAACAGCUACACUUGAGUUGGCAAGACUUUGCCAGCUCUGAAUAUAGCCAUUUGCCGACUCUGGCCUCUGCGAGACUGAUUCAAAUCUGUGAUCUUCUGUUCAGCAUACACAUCAGCAAAGUGAGAAGACGGGUGCUAAAUAUAGGCUCUAUUAACUUUACUUUUAGAUGUACUGCCUUCAAAAAGUGCCUAUUCCGAGAAACAUAAACGUUAUUCCUACAUAUGUAUGUACACACGGUGCCCGGAGCCGCACUGUUCAGCCUUCAAAAACACCAUCAUAAGGAGUAGGUGCUGAGAUAGGGAGGCAUCGCCAAAUGGAAGAAAGUGGCUCACUUCCAAUCCCCCCUGCAAUGGCUACCAUGAAAUGGGCAGAAACAGAGUCCCCAGCCCUUCUUGCUGACACAGCAGCUUUGCAUUUGUAUCCCAAGAAAAGUGGCAAAAUGCUGAGGAACCUGUACUCCCUGGAAAUAAUACACUCAUGAACAUUUCAUCAGGGGAAGAAAAGGCAAUUAAUAUGUGUGUCAUGUGUGUGUUUUAUAAACUAAGUGUUGCUAAGUUUAGAAUGUCAGCAGGUUUCUUUUAUCUCUCCGGCUAACUUAGAGAAAAACUAAAAUCUUGGCUAUAAGGGAAUGUCGGCUCAGGGGGCCAAGCAUCCCUGCCAAAUUCUUGAAGCAUUUUUACUCCAACUCCUAAGAAUACUAGUACAUGCUAUUUGAGGGCUUUUGUUCCUGGAGCUCUGUCUGUGAUAGAGGAACUCAGAAUAUUUUUUGAUGAGACGGCAGUAUAGCCUGGAAGGGUGAGUUUUUACCCAGUGGUGGCGAUAGGAGAUGAGCCAGGUAAAUCUGCUGAGGUAGAUGGGGCUACUGUAUGAUUGUAGAAGGGUUGAAGGGAGGACAUGAUUCCAAAAAAGAUUGUUCUCCAUGUGUCGUCUGACUCAACCAGCUGGCAGAUUACACUUGCCAAGUCUCUUCCUUUCCUUCUAAGUCACUUGGCUCCAUAUUCCCUUGAACAUGCCUCUGAGGAAAGUGAGAUGUGGUCACUUAGCCUUCCCGAAAGGAUGUUAGCCAUGUCCUCUUGGUCACAAAGCUCCCAUGAAAUGCCACCUCUCCCACUCAGUUGUACCCAAUGAAAGUAAUGAGGACAAACUAUAGAAGAUGAGUUUGAGGCCAUUGCAGUCAUCUGCCACUCUGCUUUCUAGACGGGAGCCCAGCGAGAGCUGAGGGUAGCUCCAGGGGUGUAACCAUACAGGUCCGUUGCUUUUUAAGAGAGAUGGGCAGAACUUGCGCCCCAAAACAUCUCUGUGUAUAAUUUCAACACUAGUAAUUUUCUCUUUUUGACAUGACCGGUUUUCAGGGCUAGAAGAGAAUUCCAAAGUCUCUGUGUGAUGUCGUCAAGUCCUUGGAGUACACAGGUUCUCCUCCUUGGGAACAAACAAACUGACACAGAUACAGUGUGGCUUUGCUCUGAGUUUCAGUCUGGUGACCGUGAAAGAUCACGUGAUAAUGAAAGUUAAGUCAUGUUUAAUGGGACGGGUCAAGGACAGAAGAGAAAAGUUGUCAGGCUUUCUCUGUGCUAAGUUUAUCUACUGGGAGCAGGCACUUCCUCCUGGCUAAUCACAACCACAGCCUCACCAGCAGCAGCGAGUCUCAGUAACAUUUCCAACUUAGGAAAAGCUCCAUAAAAGCAUAGAGAACAUGACAUUGUUCAUUUCUGUGAUACUGAUAGAGCCAUGGUAUUUUCAUACUGUAAGUAAAUUGAGUAUAUUCACUGCCUCAUAAACCACCACUGACACCUCCACAGGAGCACACAGAAUUCCUUACAAAAAAAUCAGAAUAAGUUCUGUUAUAAAAAAGUGAUUCGGGUAAUUUCUUUUGUAUUUAUACAUUAUUCAAUUAUAUUAAAUCAUGUUUUUAUUUACAUUCUAUCAGUUUUGAUUAUGUUUUCCCAGUGCUCUAUGAAAAUAAAUAUGAAAAUCACAUUUUUUUUUUCUGUAAAAGAACUACUUUAUAUUUAGAAAUCCAAUAAACUUCUCAUCCCACUUA